AUGGAAGACCCUCCAGGCGAAGAGCGAUCUGAAUUCUUACAGCCUGUCGAAGAGGAUGUUGUAGACAACGUCAUAGUUGAACAAGAGGUUCAUGAAGAAGUAGCACUUGAAGAUGAUAUGCUCCAAGUUGAACACGAAGAAGUUCUUGAAGAAAUAGUGGAAGAAGAUGGGCUGAUGUACGAUACCGAUGGGCGAGUUGUCUAUGAGGAAGAUAUGGUAGUAUACGAAGAAGGAUCGGAAGUUAUUGAAGAAUAUGUGGAAGUUGAAGAUCUCGGCAAUGGAAGUUUUGCUUACGUUAUGACCGAUGAACACGGAAAUCGGCGACUUUUGAAACCAGAUGAAGUAGAAGCAGUGAAGAAAACGGUCCCCGAGCUGAUGGAAGAAGUAAUUGUUGAUCCAAAAGCACCUGGACCAAGUAGUUCCGGAGGAUAUGCAAAUCAUAAAAGAGGUCGAUUCCCACCGAAACCCAAGCAGAUUCGUCCCAAUAUCCGCGGGCACAUUUACAUGGAUCGUGAUGAAUAUUUUCAAGAAAGUUCCAGCAAGGAUAUCAAUGACAUCACCAAAAUUGACGUAGAGAAAUAUAUCCCUUCUACAACUGCCAACCGACGGCCCUUACCAGAUAAUCCGGCGUUCAAACCAAAACAACCGAGAAGCCGAAAAAACCCGCCAUGGCAAGAUGAAUCAAGAGCUUUAUCUGGUGGUCCUGCGGCGAGUGUAGUGGGGCAUUCCCCAACACCAAUGAUCAAAGAACCUAUUUUCCCAGCAGUGGAAGAAGAUGUCAUCUUCCGUUUCAAAUGCCCAGAAUGCGAAGAAGCAUUUCCUAAUAUGGAUCGGCAUUGCGAUCACAUGGUUCGGAAUCAUGAUUGUCAAACACUCGUUCGAGAAGUCGACUUUUUUACUGAUCGUGAAUUCGAAAACUUUCUUACAAAAGUUGAAAAAGCGACACUUGGAAAACAGACUGAUGAUUCAUUAAGUAAAAAAUCAAGACCUGGGAGCACUCAAGUGUUCGUCUGCAAUUACAUGACUAAAGAUCGGCAAAAAAGUGCCGAGCUCGUAGAAGUUGGAUUGUCUGCAUUGGCUGAACGCCCGAUUGAAGUAUGCACUGCGUUUGUUCACAAAAUUCAUAGCUACGAAUGCAUCCGUGUCAGAUACUGCGAUCAACACAUUCACUAUGAUGGCAACAUUGGUUUCCGUGUGCCAAUAGCUGUUAAACGCCGCCUGUUUGAAAUGUCUUUCAAGCGUAUACCGAUUCCAUGUAUGCAAGUCAUGUUGAGCUUAGAAGCUGAACAACUUCUGCCACAUCCAACCAGAUUUGAAGAGAAAUUGAAAAACUUGUCACACGUUGAAGUUGUCGAACUGCUUGGAAUUAUUAAUGCGUCGUUGAGUAAAAACAGAGAUCCUGCAACGACAGGGAAAAAAGUUCCAAUUAAGUUUGAUACUAUCAAAUCAUCCGAAGGUGCUCGAACUCUUGUCGUAAAACGAAUGGAUUCAGUAAAAAAACGAGUUCAACGGCAUUUGUCUAAUGAGCCAUCAACCAGUGCUGAAGCACUUGGUUUUCCUGUUGACGAUCAAGGCGUUCCUAUAAUGACAAGAGAAGAAGAAAUAUUGGAAGAUGAAGAUCCUACUGCUACUGAAGGUUGCGAUGGUGUCAUGUUAGAAAAUUACUUGUACGAUCCUUUGAACGACCGGGAUCCACUUCUUGAAGAACUUACUGAAACAGAACUUGGAGUUCUCGACGCCUAUGAACGAGAUAUCAGCAUUCAACUCACCGAAGAACAAAGAAAAGAGAGGAUCCGCCAGAGAACCAAGUAUUCCCUCUCCAAAGUUGUAGGAAAAUAUCAAGCUCUCGACACUGCAACUCAUGGUUUAACAGCAUCCGAACUGCAUACUGACACUAUUAAUCAACUCCGGGAGAUGGCAAGCUUUGUUGUUGAGCUUUGUUGCCAACUCGAUGCAGAAGUCAAAGCACAAUACAAUCCUGAACUUCGUGUCGAGGAAAUCAAACGGGAUAUGAUUGCCGGGAUCGCUUUGCAGGAACGUUGUUGUCAACCAGAGCGCCGUCAAAGAAGAACACUUGGAUCCAACCAAACGCCAUCACCCUUGAAAACUCAUUAUCGUUCACUACCACCUUCUCGUAGCCAUGAAGAGUAUACUCAACGCAUCAUGAGCAAAGUCAAAGAAUUGCAAGCCCCACACAAUCGUCAUCUGACGAAUAUUCGAGACCCCUUCGAUAUGAAUCAGCAACAACGGCUUCAACUACUUCGCAAUCGGACACUCGGAAACAGGACUGGAAGUGUAGAACCAGAAAUUGAAGAGAAGCCUUCUUUGAUGGUUCCAAUACCUGAUGAUCUGAAAGCAGUUCCCUGGUCGAAACCACAGAGAAAACGACACGCAGCAGAUUCAAACCCUGCAGAGAAAAGAAAGAGAGGUCGACCAACGAAGAAAGGAGAAACUACAGAGACCAUACAAAAAGAUGCAGAAAGUACAUCAGAUGUCACACAAGAAACACUCUCAGAAAAGGACUCUGAACAAGCAGUGGAAAUUGCAGAAUCCAUCGAAGCAGUUGUACAAUCAACUUCUUCUUCUGACUCUACUGAAACAGCAACUGAAAAGGCAGUAGAAGAAAAAUCUCCAGAGAAUAAGAAAGAACACGCUGAGACUGAAGAUUCUGCCGAUGUAAGAGACGAGCCGUCCACUUCCAUAGCACCAGAGACUCCACCAACAAAAACUCGUACUGGACGUGUAAUAAAGCCAAAAAAAUGGGAAGAUGACUGA